AUGUCUAAACCUCAAGGCAAGGGAAAGUCGACCGAUCGGCGAUCCAGCGUCAAAAAUUCAAAUAUUCAAGAAGAGGAAAGUACCAAAAGUUGGGAAGGUGAACAAAAAUUAUAUCCUCCAAGUAAAGAUAAAUCUGAUCAGCUUUUGGCGAGACUACUACAAAAUAGUGAAAAGAAACGUGACGAAAUUUCUUUUCACUAUCCACACAGAAACUAUCUUGAGAAGAUUGAACAUAAAGAGGAAAUUCCUGAACCUCUUAUAGGAUUUUCUCGCCAUCAAGAAGCAGUAAGACAGAAAUUAGUCAAACCUUAUAUUCCAUUACCCGAAAUAGAAAAGAAUAAAGAAGAUUUAUUUUCUCAAAGCGGACUUUCUUUACCUAAACCAGUUAAAAUACAAGUCCGUCCAAAAGGCAAAGUUCUCGAUGCCGACGAGGAAAUUAGUGACUUAAAUAAGCGGCUGUCACCAAAAAUUGCGGAUCAAUUUGAAUUGAUAAAGAAAUUGCGGACAGAUCCGUCUGGUGAUUUUUAUUACAUGGUGUACGCAGUUGACAGAUCAUCUGCAUCUUUUACGCCUUAUGCCCUUAAAGUAGUUUCUUACGAAGAAAUUGGUAAGUCGUAUAUGACAAUCAGCGCUAAUGGCAUCACUCAAUAUAGUGCAGAUGGAAUAACAUUCACACCUAUAGAAUUGUGGGAAAGAGAAUAUUCUUAUUAUUUGAAAGUUUCAAAAAUUCGAACUUUCUCAAUUUUCCGAACUUGGAAAGCUUUUUAUGUAUGGCGAAAAUCAAUUAGAUGGAAAAAAUAUAACGAGGCCAGGGAUCACAUAAAAGAAAAUCUUUUUGUAUCUCAUCCAAUUUUAAGUAAUGCUCUGCUCGAAGUGAAAGCUAUGUGUGCAAAAUUUUUAUACGUAUCUCUCGCCGAUACAAGCGUCAUCGAAAAAUUGCCUCUUUUCAUCUUUGUAGAAAUGCAAUUGACUCAGCUGGAAGACGUUAAAAGUAAAUUAGACGAAUUCAGAAAAGUUACUUUGGAAUUAGUAAACGAAGCUUGCCUUAAAUCACUUCUGGAAGCUGGAUACACGCCCAAUGACUCAAAUAUAACGAUCGAACAAACUGAGUUUGGGAAACUGGGUCGUUUUGCUGGAACAAAAUUUAAAAUGCCAAAAGAUGGUAUUUUGAAGAUGAGUCACAUAGAACAAGCAAGAAAAAGAGGAAAGUGUUAUCGUCUAUCAUGUUUUAUUCAACUGAUUGAUUAUCUUCAAACAAAUAUGAUGCAAGAUUUAAUGCAAAAUACAUAUAAGGUUCUAAUUAAUGCCCUGCAAAGUCAUACUCAAUUUUUAUCGUCGGAUUUUAACGUUGACGUUGACGCUGAUUCGAAGAAUUUAGCGAAUUUGUCGGAAGAACGACUUUUUUCGGCUCAGUGCCCAUACUUUAUAGUUGAUCUAGUAAUCACUUUGGAAACCGGAAUCACAUUGGAUCCUUCUGAAGACAUUUUUUGGCAUGUUCUUAAAACAAUCCAGCUAAUGUGGGAAGAAAACAUGUUCUCAAUCAAACCUUUCUUGUCUGAUCCGUUCUUCAAUAUUUUUACAAGACCAAUUAUUAACCACAAAGUUGAAAAUCGAAUUUCCCGAAAUCCUCCUGAAAUUCUAAAAAUUCUGAAAGAUGAUUCUCAUAUGAUCUCUCUCAAGAAAGAAUUUGAAAAUGUUCUUAAAAAGAAUUUUGCAGCUGUAACAAAUUAUUGCAAAAAAUUCCAAAACAUACACGUUUUUUUCAAAGAAGAUAUGGAAUAUGAUGAAAAUAUUAUAAAAAAUAAUGAAAAAUGCGAUAUUUUCCGUAAGUGGUGCAAUCGAUAUCAAUAUGAAGUGGAAGAAAUUUCAAAAAUUCAGGAAGAUCAGCCAUUAGGAAUAUUUUUAAUGCAAUUCAAAAGAUUUAAAAUUCUGGCCUUACCAGCACCUAAUCAAAAGUGGACUGUAAUCGAAGGUGUAAUGCCAGGUCUAGGUAAAUCAAAAGUUGACGCACUUUUAAGUGAAGCAAUCGAGGCUAUAAAUUACUUGGAAUCAAAUCCGAUAACAACAGAGGAUUUUGUCACUUAUAUAACCUUUGCCGACCAUGCACAGCAGAAUGUGGAUAAAAUGGAAGCUGAAUUAGAUUAUAUAAAGGAAUUAUAUGAUAUUAUGGAAGAAUAUCGAAUUCCGGUACCAUCAGUAGAUGCUGCAAAUUAUUUGGGUAUCAGUGUGCAACUUACUAGCUUGCGUUUGUCAGUUGAUAAACGACUAGAAGAGCGAGAAAAGUUAAUAACAAAGUUUAAUACACAAAUACGAAAGGAUAUUGAUGCACUGAUCAAUAAAAUAUCUGACAUCAAUGAUGAAGUUACUCAAUCGUGGCUGUUGGAUCCCGAAAACAACGUUGAAGUUUGUCUUGAGACUCUGAGUGAUCUUUCUCAAAGAUUAGCAGAGUGCGCCAAUGCGGCAAACGAAUAUAGAAAUUAUCAAAAAGGGUUCAAGGUGGAAAUGACCAAAUUUGAGAUAUUAGAUCACGUAAUUAACGAAGUUAAACUACGAAGUCUGCUCUGGGAAAGUGUGAUUGCUUGGGACAAAACUUUAGAAGAAUGGUACAAAGCUGACUUUAGUACUUUGAACGUAGAAGAAAUUAACGCCUACACUACUCGUAAUCUGAAGAACAUUAUGCACCUCGAGAAAGGUCUUUCACCCAAUGAAGUUCUUAUAAACUUCAAGAAAAAAGUGGAAAUCUUCAAGGAUAAACUCUCAAUGAUUAUCAAUCUCAGCAAUCCGAACCUGAAGUCACGUCACUGGGUGAAGAUCGAAUCUCUCCUGAAUUAUAAGUUCAAACCAGAUGAAAUUGUAACUCUGGAGCUUCUGGAGAAGCUUGGAGUCUUCGCUUAUCCAAACGAACUAAUGGAAAUUUCAUCUGCUGCCAGUUCAGAAUCUGGCUUGGAAGUAAUGCUGCAGAAAGUAGAGGACACCUGGAAAUCAUUGGAUUUUGUGGUAUUAGCUUAUAAGGAGGCUAAAGAUGUUUACGUUUUGGGAUCUAUGGAAGAAGUUCAGACAGCUCUUGAUGAUAGUAAUAUUAACAUUCAGACCAUAGCUGCUUCUAGGCAUGUUGGGCCAAUUAAAUUUAAGGUGGAUGAAUGGUUGAAGCAACUGGAUCUUUUCGCGAAAACUUUGGAAGAGUGGCAAUAUUGUCAACAACAGUGGAUGUACUUGGAAGCUAUUUUUUCUGCCCCAGACAUUCAACGACAGCUACCUCUUGAGGCAAAACUUUUCAUAGUAGUGGACAAAUCUUGGAAAGAAAUAAUGAGGAAAACUGCAAAGGUGCAUUUGGCCAUGGAAUGCUGUAUUGAACCAGGAUUAUUAGAACGAUUGACAGAAAAUAACAGCAAUCUGGAUCAAAUUCUUAAAUGUUUGGAAGCGUAUCUUGAGACAAAACGAAUCGCCUUUCCAAGGUUUUUUUUCCUUUCGAAUGAUGAGCUUUUGGAAAUCUUGGCACAGACAAGAAAUCCACAUGCUGUUCAGAGACAUUUACAAAAGUGCUUUGACGCAAUUUAUCGUCUCGAAUUUGGUACUGCAGACCAAAGAGAGGCAGUAAAAAGUAAGGGAUCUAUUCUAACAACGGAUAUUAUCGCUAUGUUAUCACCAGAAGGUGAAAGAGUUGUCCUCGGGAAAGGCGUGAAGGCCAGAGGUAAUGUAGAAGAUUGGCUAGAAAAAGUGGAAAAAGCCAUGUUUGCAUCUCUCAAAAGGGAAAUGAAAAAAGGACUCGUUGAUCUAGACGAAAAAGGCAGACAAAUGUUCAUACGGAUGUACCCAUCUCAGAUUGUUUUAACGGUUUCGCAAAUAUUCUGGGCCCGAGACGUACAUCUUAUUCUAGAAUCUGGUUCUGAAGUUUUAAUUAAUAUGGAAGAAUUUGAAAAGAAAUCCUAUUCGGAUUUAAACGAACUGGCAGGAAUGGUUCGAGGAGAAUUGCCAACGCUCAUACGUGAUGUAAUCAUCAAUCUUAUUACAGUAGAUGUUCAUGCAAGAGACAUUAUUUCAGUUUUAGUGGAAAAUAAAGUAAAGUCCAGCACAAGCUUUGAUUGGAUGAAAAAUUUGCGUUAUUACUGGGACGAAGAGAUAGACAAUUGUUUAGCGAGGAUGAGUAAUGCAGAAUAUCUUUAUGGUUACGAAUACCUUGGUGCUCAGAGGAGAUUAGUAAUAACUCCAUUAACUGAUAGAUGCUACUUGUGUCUCAUGGGCGCUCUUCAAUUGGAUUUGGGUGGAGCUCCAGCAGGUCCUGCUGGAACUGGAAAAACUGAAACGACUAAAGAUCUUGCAAAAGCCUUAGCAGUACAGUGUGUAGUUUUCAAUUGUUCAGAAGGUCUAGAUUACAGAAUGAUGGGAAGAUUUUUUUCUGGCUUGGCUACUUCCGGUGCUUGGUGUUGCUUUGAUGAAUUUAAUCGAAUUGACAUAGAGGUUUUAUCAGUCAUUGCUCAGCAAUUAAUCACUAUCAGAAAUGCCAAAAUUGUUCGGGCAAAAGAAUUUAUGUUUGAAGGUCGUAUGAUCCAAUUGGUAAUGUCGUGUGCUACUUUUGUUACCAUGAAUCCUGGUUAUGCUGGUCGUACUGAAUUACCUGAUAAUCUAAAGUCACUGUUCCGACCAUUUUCUAUGAUGGUUCCUGAUUACAAACUUAUCGCUGAAGUGACAUUAUAUUCAGAAGGGUUUGAAUCAUCUAAACCACUAUCCACAAAAAUGACAUUAAUGUAUACAUUAUGUAGCGAACAACUUUCUCAGCAAGAUCAUUAUGAUUUUGGGAUGAGAGCUGUAAAAAGUGUAUUAGUUAUGGCAGGAAGUCUGAAACGUGAUAAUCCUGAAAAAUUGGAAGACGCCGUUUUGAUCAGAGCUUUAAGAGACAGUAAUGUCCCGAAAUUCUUAUCUGAUGAUGCUGAAUUAUUUUUAGGAAUACUAGGAGAUCUGUUUCCGGGUGUUGAAAUUCCGGAUGAGGAUUACGGCGUUCUACAAGAAACUGCGGAACAGAUAUUGAAAGCUGCAGGUUUUCAAUCAGAAGCAUGUUCCGUAAUAAAAUGUAUUCAAUUGCAUGAAACUAUGUUAGUUAGACAUGGUGUUAUGUUAGUGGGUCCUACUGGAUCGGGUAAAACAACAGUUCUUCAAACAUUACGAGAUACUUACACAAAACUUCAUGAGAUGAAAAUUCCAAAGCCAUACUACCAAAAAGUGAACAUGUAUGUGCUAAAUCCAAAAGCAGUGACAAUAGGAGAAUUAUAUGGCGCAGUCGAUCCUAUGAGCAACGAGUGGCACGAUGGAUUAAUUGGUGCAAUUAUUCGUCAUGCUUGCUCUUUUAUGACAGAAGAGCACCAAUGGGUCGUUUGUGAUGGUCCUGUCGAUGCUAUCUGGAUAGAAAAUAUGAACACUGUUCUCGAUGAUAACAAGAUGCUGUGUUUAGCAAAUUCUGAGAGAAUUAAAUUUACACCUUAUGUUCACAUGCUUUUCGAAGUGAUGGAUCUUUCCCAAGCUUCCCCAGCCACUGUCAGCAGAUGUGGAAUGGUAUAUUUCGAUCCAGCCGACCUAAAAUGGAUGCCUUAUGUAAAAUCCUGGCUGAAAAAAAUCCCGGAAAAUAUUCUUAAUGAAACAUUACGUGAAGAACUUUUACUACUUUUUGAAACUUAUGUAGACGAUGGACUUUCGUUUUUUAAAAAGAAUUGUAGCCACGCUAUAUCUCAGGUAGAUAUCGGUAAAGUAAACAUGCUCUGUGCUCUGAUGGAAAGUAUUCUUUUAGAACCAAAUGUGAUUGACAAAUCUGCUGAAAUAACAAAAGUGAAAAGUUUUCUUACUCAAUCAUUUAUCUUCUCAUACAUUUGGGCGAUUGGCGGCAAUGUGAUUGACACCUCACGAGAAGCUUUUGAGUUAUUUGUAAAAGAUCUUUUUCAUGAAAAUCCUCUUUCUCGUUUGCCUGCCACUGGCGAUUUAUGGGACCUCUACAUGAAUGUGAAAACGCGAAGAUUAGAAUUAUGGGUAAAGCUUAUGCCCUCGUUUACAUAUGACAAAGAUGUGCCAUUUUUUGAAAUUCUGGUACCCACUGUCGACACUGUAAGAUUUGGUUAUCUGAUGCAGAGACUUAUAAACGUCAACAAAGCAGUAUUUUUCACCGGUGGAACUGGUGUUGGAAAAUCUGUAAUAGCAAAAAUGGUUCUGCAUACACUUCAAAAGUCUGGACUUUGGGUUCCAGUUAUAAUGAACUAUUCUGCUCAGACAAAUAGUCGCCAAACCCAGGAAAUUCUGGAAUUAAAACUGGAGAAGAAGAAACGAGCACUUUUGGGCGCGCCUGUUGGAAAGAGGGUCUGCGUUUUCGUGGAUGAUGUAAACAUGCCAAAAUUAGACACUUAUGGGUCUCAACCACCGAUCGAAUUAUUACGACAAUAUUUGGAUUUUGAAGGCCUUUAUGACAGGGACAAACUUUACUGGAAAGCAAUAGAAGAUGUGGUAUUGAGCUGUGCCUGUGCACCUCCAGGCGGAGGAAGAAAUCCUUUAACACCAAGGUUUAUUCGACAUUUUGGAAUGUUGGUUAUUCCAGCGCCUACUGACUCUUCCUUGAGAGCCAUAUUUAGAUCAAUUAUGAAAGGGUUCCUAGAAGAAUUUUCACAGCCUAUAAUAGAAUUAAGCGACAGAAUAGUCUCAGCAACAGUAGAAAUUUACGACAGAAUCGCUGUAGAUUUGCUACCGACACCUGAAAAGAGCCACUAUGUAUUUAAUUUGAGAGAUUUGUCUAAAUGUAUACAAGGAAUGCUUCAAGCAGAUCCAGCCGUAGUAAUAGAUGCUAAACAAAUGCUAAGGCUCUUUUAUCACGAAUGCUUGAGAGUCUUCCACGACCGGCUAAUUAAUGUGGAGGACAAAAGCUAUUUUUACCAUCUUAUGACUGAUACUUGCUCGCGAACAUUUGGAGAUGAAGUAGUUCCGCUUCCUUUGGACGAAGUUGUGACUCAACCUCCACUUCUACUUUUUGGAGAUUUUAUGUCUUUCGGUGCUCUCAAAGAACGAAGAAUGUAUGAGGAAAUCACUGAUUUAACUAAGGCUAGAAAUGUAUUACAUGAUUAUUUGGAUGAUUAUUGUUUGGUCACUUCCAAAGACAUGAAUCUAAUAUUCUUCACGGAUGCCAUAGAACAUUUGUGUAGAUUAGCAAGAAUAUUGAGAUCAGAAAGAGGUAAUGGUCUUCUCGUUGGCGUUGGAGGAAUGGGAAAACAAAGCUUAACCAAACUGGCGUCACAUUUAAACGGAUAUCCCUGCUUGCAAAUUGAGGUGACACGUGGUUAUGAAAAGAAUUGUUGGCACGAAGAUCUUCGGCGAUUUUACUUUAAACCAGGAGCCUAUGGAGAACAUACGACCUUCCUCUUCCCUGAUACUCAAAUUGUUCAGGAAGAAUUUUUAGAGGAUAUUAAUAAUACUUUGAACUCGGGUGAAGUACCUAAUCUUUUCGAGGCUGAUGAAUUGGAAAAGGCUAUAAUUGCCACUAGACCAGCUGCCAAAGAAUCUGGAAUCAAAGAAACAGACAGGGAUGCUAUUUACGAAUAUUUUAUCGGCAGAGUCAGAAAUCACCUUCAUCUUAUGCUCUGCAUGAGUCCAGUGGGCAACUCUUUUAGGCAUCGUUGUCGAAUGUUCCCAUCGUUAGUAAAUUGCUGUACAAUUGACUGGUUUACGAAGUGGCCAAACGAAGCUCUUCUCUCAGUAGCAGAGAAAUCGAUCGAACCUAUUGUGAAUCAGGAUGAAAAAAAAUUAGCAGCAUUAUCAUCUAUUUGUGUAUUAAUGCAUGAAAGUGUUGAAGAAAUGACAAUGAAAUUUUUCAACGAAAUGCGUCGCAGAUAUUACACAACACCAAGUAGUUAUUUAGAUCUAUUGAAACUAUACAUAUCCACUUUGAAGAAGAAGAUGAAGGAUACUUUGAUGCUGAAAAGCAAAAUAGCUAAUGGCUUGAAUAAACUUCAAGAAACGAACGAAACUGUAGCUACGAUGAAAAAACAAUUAACUGUUUUGGCUCCUCAGUUAAAAGUCAGCUCAGAAGAAGUUUCGAAAUUAAUGAACAUUCUUGCUAAGCAACAAAUCGAAAUUGACAAAGUCAGAAUUGUUGUGGCUGCAGAUGAAGCAGUUGCAAAGGAAAAAGCCGCUGAAACAGGAGCCCUAGAAGCUGAAGCCAGAAAAGACUUAGAAGCAGCAAUGCCAGCUUUAGAAGAAGCUCAAAAGGCUCUGGAAUCUUUAAAUAAAAAUGACAUUAACGAAAUCAAAGUUUUUAAUAAACCUCCACAGCUCGUGCGCUAUGUCAUGGAAGCAGUAAAUUUAUUAUUGGGCGAAAAGCUUGAUUGGGCCACUGCUAAACUGGUACUUGGAGAUUUGCACUUUUUGGAUCGAUUGAUCGAAUAUCAUAAAGACAAUAUUAGCGAAAAACUUUUAAAGAAAUUACAAGAGUAUGUGAACAAUCCAGAUUUUCAACCUCAUAUUGUUGCAAAACAGAGUAAAGUUUGUAAAUCUAUCUGCAUUUGGGUGAGAGCCAUUGAUGGCUAUGCUAAACUAUUUAGAGUCGUGCAACCAAAACGACUUAGAUUACAAGAAGCAGAAAAAGAAUUGAAUACAAUCAUGAGCGUCCUCAAACAGAAGCAGCAACAGCUAAAAGAUGUCGAAAAUAAGAUUAAAAGACUGCAGGAUCAGUACAACGAAGCUGUAAAUAAUUUGGCUAAUUUAGAAUACAAUAUUGAACUUAGCGAAGCUAGGCUAAACAGGUCCGGAAGAUUAACUUCUGCUUUAGCAGACGAAGAAAUCCGCUGGGAAGAAAACAUGAAGGACUUUGAUAAGCAGAUACAGAAUUUGAUGGGUGACAGUUUAGUGGCAGCUGGAGCUUUAGCUUAUCUAGGAGCUUUUACCAGUGAAUAUAGAGAAGAACUUUUAGCAAUAUGGCUGAAGAGAUGUGAAGAACAGGGAGUUAAAACUACUGCAAAUUUUAAUUUAGUUUCAGUAUUAGCUGAUUCUUAUGAAAUUCGUUUAUGGAAUAGUUUCGGUUUACCCAGAGAUCAAGUCAGCACAGAAAAUGCUAUUUUAGUCACUCAGGCUGAAAGAUGGCCACUUAUGAUUGAUCCACAAGAACAGGCCAACCGUUGGAUACGUAAUAUGGAACAGAAAAAUCAGUUAAAAAUCUGCAAGAUGACUGAUGCCAAUUUUAUGAGAUAUAUGGAAGCCUGUAUUAGAUUAGGAGCGCCCAUUUUGCUUGAGGAAAUUGGAGAAACUUUAGAUCCCAGUUUAGAGCCAGUUCUUUUAAAGCAAACAUUCGUCCACGGAGGAAGAAAGCUGAUUAGACUGGGCGAAAAUGAUGUUGAAUAUGACGACAAUUUUCGAUUGUACAUCACUACGAAAAUGGCCAAUCCUCAUUAUUUGCCAGAAAUUUGUAUUAAAGUUACUAUUGUUAAUUUUACUGUUACGCCUACUGGUUUAGAGGAACAACUUCUAGCAGAUGUAGUACGUUUGGAGAAACCAGAAUUAGAAAGUUUGAGGAACGAGUUAAUUGCGAGGAUCAAUGCUGAUAAGAAUCAACUUCAGAAUAUAGAGGAUAAAAUUCUGUCUCUUCUUUUUAAUUCUGGCGAAAAUAUCCUGGAUAAUGAGGAACUUAUCGAAACCCUUAAUAACAGUAAAGAAACUUCAGCUAUAAUCGCAACCAGAUUGAUCGAAACAGAGGCUACUGAAGAAAAAAUUUCUAUCACCCGAGAUACAUAUCGAUCUGUUGCUACUCGAGGCUCUAUUUUAUAUUUUGUUGUAGCCAAUCUAGCAGAAAUCGACACCAUGUAUCAAUUUUCUUUGAAGUAUUUUAAUCAGAUAUUUAACAAUGUUAUUGAGAUUAGUGCAAAAAGCGAAAACCUUCAUCGUCGGCUGAAUAUUUUAUACGAUGAAAUCACUCUCGCAAUUUACACAAAUGUGUCCCGAGGAUUGUUUGAAAGACACAAACUCGUUUUUAGCCUGAUGCUAAAUAUGGCUAUUUUUCUGAAUGCCAAAAUUAUCAGUUAUGCACAGUGGAACUUUUUACUACGCGGUCCUGGACAAUUUAAAACUACCAAGAAACCAGAUUAUCCAACAUUGAAUAAAGUGAUGUGGAUCUCAGUGAAUUUUCUGGAAAGUAAUUUCAAAUCGUUUGAACAUAUUAUGUCAGAUGUUUUCACACGAAUAAAUUUAUCAAUUGAAUACUUUAAUGAAGAGGUAAAUGUACUUCCUGACAACAACAAAAAAUCUGAGCAAAACUGGGAUACAAAAUUAAAUGACAUAGAAAAACUUAUGUUACUAAAAGCCUUAAAAGAGGAUAAGCUUAUUUUUGGAAUUACUGCUUACGUGAAGAAAAACCUUGGACAAAAAUUUGUAGAAUCUCCAAUGGUUUCACUUCAGCUUCUGUAUCCCGAUACAUCAAAAACUACACCUCUGGUAUUUAUUCUAAGUACCGGAUCGGAUCCGUUUAGUGCAUUCCAAAGAUUCGCAGCAGAAAUGGGAUUUACUGAAAAAUAUAAAUCGAUAUCCCUGGGCCAGGGCCAAGGCCCAAUAGCGGAAAGCCUUAUCAGGAAAGGAAUAGUAGAAGGAAGUUGGGUCUUUUUGCAAAACUGCCAUUUAGCCACCUCAUGGAUGCUUAGCAUGGAGAAACUAAUUAUUGUUGAAAUAAUAGAACAAUCAGAAACAGUGCAUGAACAUUUUCGUCUUUUUUUGAGCUCGAUGCCCAGUGUAUCUUUCCCCGUAUCUGUGCUUCAAAAUUCUGUUAAGGUCACUAACGAACCUCCUAAAGGACUUAAAGCGAAUAUCAAACGGGCGUUUUUUGAUCUCAGUGAAGAUUUUUUUGAAAAUAAUCCACUGGAAUUGAGUUGGAGAAAAAUGAUUUUUGGAAUUUGCUUUUUCCACGCAAUUAUACAAGAGCGAAAAAAAUUUGGACCCUUGGGUUGGAAUAUUCACUACGAGUUUAAUGAUAAUGACAGAGAAUGUUGUCUCUUAAAUUUAAAAAUGUUUUGCGAAAAAGGAUCGAUUCCAUGGGCUGCCCUGAUAUACAUAAGCGGGGAAAUCACUUACGGUGGCAGAAUCACCGAUAACUGGGAUUUACGUUGUUUGAAAACGAUUCUCAAUGACUUUUUCUCUCCAAAAACUUUGCAGCCAGAUUAUGCAUAUUCCCCAUCUGGAAUAUAUUAUGCUCCAAACAUAAUCACGCUCAAAGAUUAUAGAGAAUUUAUUGAAAAGUUUCCUAUAAUUGAAGAUCCAGAGAUCUUUGGAAUGCACGAAAAUGCAAAUAUUACAUUCCAGUUGAAAGAAACUAAAACAGUUUUGAAUACAAUUAUGGAUGUACAACCGCAAGUUGGCAUUGGGGACGAGGGGAAAUCUGCAUCGGAUAUUGCACACGAAAUAGCAGAUAUGGUGAUGGAGAGAAUCAGUCUCCAAAUUGACAUAGACGAUUGCCAUCCAAAUCAUUUAAAAAAAGAUACAGCAGGUCGUCUACCUUCGCUUACGACUGUCUUACUUCAUGAAGUGGACCGCUAUAACAAACUCUUAACAAAAGUACACACUUCCAUAGAAAAUUUGCAACGAGCUAUCAAAGGUUUCGCGGUAAUGUCAGUCGAACUGGAAGCAGUUUUUCAAGCUCUAGUGAAUAAUCAGGUGCCAGAAGUAUGGCACAAAGUAAAUGUGUAUCCCUCGUUAAAAAGUUUGGGUACUUGGAUCAGAGACUUGGAACUUCGGAUUGAUUUCAUACAGAUUUGGUUAACAGACUCAAAGCCAAUAUCCUUCUGGUUAUCUGGAUUAUCCUUCCCUCAAGGAUUUGUAACAGGCAUGCUCCAGACACACGCCAGAAAAUACAAUAUACCAAUUGAUCAUUUGAAACUUGACUUUUCUCCUUUAAGAGUGAUCUUGGAUCAAGAAGAGAUUGAAGCCGCUCACAGACAACAAAAUAACAAAGAAAUCGCUACUGCCUAUAAAGGACUCCAAGAACCAUCAGAUGGCGUUUAUAUUCAUGGACUCUUCAUAGAUGCUGGAAAUUGGGACUUUAAAUUUAUGAUUCUAGUUGAUGCAAAUAAAGGAGAAAUGAAUCCUCCUCUGCCAGUUUUGCACAUCCAACCAGUACUGUCGUUACCCGCAAACGAUCCUAGAUACAUUUGUCCUCUCUACAAAACCAGCAUUCGAGCUGGCGUUUUAUCAACAACUGGACACAGCACAAAUUUCGUUUUAGCAAUCCUCCUGCCAUCUGCUCGUAAUCAGUCACAUUGGAUUCUCAAAGGCACUGCUCUUCUGAUUCAAGUCACAGAUUAA